AUAUUGAGCUUGUUGGGAAGCAGCAGGAGCUCGAUUCGCGUUGUUUCUUUGGCGAAAGGCUUUGUACGUACAAUACUAAAGUGAAGACGUUUAAAACACCAGGAGAACGCAUGAAAGUCCCCGUUUGACAGCUGAUCUUUAUCUCUUCGUGUGUAUGUGGUCUAGCUGCAGACCUGCGCCCUCAGUACUCUGACGUCACGCGCACUCUCAGCGAGGGAACCGGAAAUACGUAAUUGGCUGCGUUAGCCCUGGCCCCUGUCGCUGAAGAAUUUUGCCUCCAAAACUUUUGCCUCUAUAGGAUUCGCUACCAAAGUCAGCUCUCUGCCAGCAGAUCUGGGCCAGAUGGACCAGUCAUCAGAGCUUGAGGUUAAAACCUCUGCUGAUCAGGGUGAGAGCAGCAGUGGUCUGCCAGUGGAUGAUGAGCUUGAUGGACUUCCAGUCUUUGGAACAGAUGAAGAUGAUUGGGAAAUAGACAGCAGCUUCGCUCAGAAAGCUUUCUCUCAGUUGGAUGGGAACAGCAAUGAUAAAAAUGAAAGUCAAGAUGGAGUGCCAACUAGUGGUGCUGAUGCAGAAGAGAAUAGCUCCUCUACCAAUGGAACCUCAGAAAUGGAUGUGGAGAGAGCGAAGGUUUCUGAAGACACCCCUGUUACCCCCUCAUCAGACACUAUUAUAGAUAUCCAAGACGUACAGUCGGAGCUUAGGAUUGAGUCAUCGCGAAGUGAUGCCAUCUUACAGCCAGAGAUUCCUACAGAAUCCACAGAUAGAGAAACAAAUUACUCACCUGUAAUAAGAAUUAAGGAUGAGCCUAUUGAUGAAGACUAUGAUAAAGCAUUAAUGCCCCAGUCCGACGUUAGCCGUAUUAAACAGGAGCUUGACGGUUCUGAAAAUAAUGAAAAUGAGGCCUCCUCUGCAUCUGAUGAAUUGAGGAUUAGCUCUGUUUUCUCUGUCAGUGGAAACAGCAAUGAUGCAGUUUCGGCGUCUGUGGCACACUCCCAGCCUUCUUCGUUCUCAGUAAUGUCCCAGAACACUGCUUCACUCAGAGGGACCACUAUACUUAUGCCAGCCCAAACCCAAACUCAGCUUCAACUCCGACUGCAGCCAAAGGCCCAGAUGCAUCCUCAAAUCCAGACCCACGGCCGAAUGCAGCCACCGAUUAUGCCGCAAACCCACCUGCAGCCCCAGCCGCCCCAGGUCCACGCUCCCCCACCCACAGUGAGGAUCUGCUGCUCGGGAUGUUCUAAAGUCCUCCAGAAGGGUCAAACGGCGUUCCAGCGAAAAGGCUCCAACCAGCUGUUUUGCUCCACUGUUUGUCUAACUAGUUUCAGUUUACCCUCGGUUCAGUUUACCCCUAUAAUCGCUCCUAAGAAAACCUGCCACCUCUGCCUUAAGGUCAUUGUCAAUCUGAAGGACUUGAUAACCAUCCCUGUGGGCUCUAUGAACACACUAAAGGAAUUUUGCAGCCAAGCUUGUCUAAGUAUUUAUAAAGACAGAUAUGAAGAUGCACCUCCGGAUAUAUUUACACACUGCAGCGUGUGUAAGUUGGUCAAAGAGAUUCAGCAUGAAGUGACUCAUCUGGGUGCCGUGCACAAGCUGUGCAGCGAUGAAUGCUUUGCACGCUUCAGAUCCUCCAGAAACCUCUAUAUGAGCUACUGCGAGAACUGUGGCAAUUGUACAGCCUCAGGAAACUAUCACCUGGUUCAGAUAGAGGAUAGUAUUAAAAAGUUCUGCUGCACCGAAUGCAUCAGCAAUUACAAACAGAAGAGUGGCAAGCGGCUUCACUGUCCCUACUGCCAAGAUAUCAAAAAUAUUGAACAAAUGAUGGAGGGGACAAACAUACAGGGUGUCACAGAAUUCUUCUGCUCUCAAAGAUGUGUGGCCCUGAGUCAAGCGUCUCCCAGUUUGACAGGCACCUCUUUCCCAUGCACAACUUGCAAGAAGGUAGCUGUUCCUCAGUAUCACCUUGCCAUUUCUGAUGGGUCCAUCAGGAACUUCUGCUCAUUAGAAUGUGUGGGCAAAUUCCAGGAGAAACUGAAUGCUUCUGUACCUCAUAACCAGAUGAAUGGAAACUCUCAUGGACCUCAGCCUCAGAACGCUGCACCACCUCGGCCUACCACCGACCAUCUCCAGCCCACCCAAACAUCAUCCAAUGUGCCUGGCCCAAGCUACAACCCUCCCCCACCUUUUGUACCACCCUCAAAUCAAAAUCCAGUUCCAACUUAUGUGCCAGCUCCUGGUGUGGUAAACUCACAAGACGCCCAGCAGCAAUGGCCAAACAAGCCUCCCUCGUCCUCUGACACAAUACGACUCACGUGCAGGCAGUGCCAGAAUCAGUUUAGCUCCAAGCCAGAGGUUUUCCAGUUUAAGGGUCAUGCAGGGUUGUUCUGUUCUCGAGCGUGUUGCGACACAUAUAAGAGGGAAAGCAACGUGAAAGCUGUGUGCGAGUACUGCAAACUAGAGAAAGUAGUCAAAGACAUCAUCACAUACGAAAAGCAGCCCAGAUCUUUCUGUUGUGAAGGUUGUAAACUGCUUUUUAAGCAUGAUCUCGCCAAACGACAUGGAGGUCAAUGCAGGGUUUGUGCUUACUGUCAAAACAUGACCCAUAAAACCAUUCAAAACUUCUUUGGGGGCAAACUGGAGGAGUUUUGCACAGAAGAGUGCAUGUCUCUCUACACCGUGCUCUUUUAUGAGAUGGCCAAGUGUCAUUGUUGUAAGAACCAGGGCUCACUUAAGGAAAGCCUCGUCUGGGAUGGAACAACAAAACACUUCUGUAACCUGUCCUGUUUGCUGCAGUUCUGUUCAAAGUGCAUUUCCCCUCAUCAGCCAGCAAGCAACGGUACUGUGUCUAAUACCACUACAGUCCAAGCUCCAUUAUCCUUGUCGAAGGACAUGCCUGUAAUUGGUGGUGUGGUGUCUCUGGCCUCCACAUUACCUGGAAAUACUGCUCUCACAGGAGCUCUACCUACCUCAAAUGCCAGCUCAAAAAACAUUGGGGAAGCCAGUACACAAACCGAUGCUUCAGUGGCUGCUAUUCCACAUCGACGAAUGUUGAAGAACAAAGCUCUCAUGUGCAGACCUAUUACUGAAGAGCAAGGUGUCCAGUGUCAGCCAGAGCCUCCAGUACCUCCAAAUAUGUCUGAAACAGUGAUUGACGAAAAUGGAGAGACGGUGAGGUUGGUGCCAGUGCCGGUGCCCAUUCCGAUGCCUGUCUACAUUCCAGUGCCAAUGCAUCUAUACACUCAGUACACACCUUUUCCAUUGGGGCUACCUCUACCGGUGCCUAUUCCCAUGGUCAUCCCUGGAUCUCAAGACACUGCUGAAAAGAAAGACACUAAAUGCAGCCUGCCUGCUCAGAGCUCAGUGGAAGAUGAUGAGGUGGAGAAAGGAAAAGACAAGCCUGCGUUACUUGACCAGGGCAGCACUUACAGUGGUGAUCUAGAGUCAGAGGCCAGAUCAACACCCUUCAGCUGGGCAGAUGCUGAGGAUCCUGGAGCCAACGUGAAGCCACUGGUAGCAUCGACAGAACGAGAGGAGCCGAUAGCUGCCCCUACUGUGUCUUUACCAUCAGAACAGCCAGAUCUGGAAAAUGAUUUUCCCCGUGCACCAAUUGACCCUGGAUCAGCUAAAGAGAAUAGACUGGUAUUGACGCUGAAGAGACGUAAGAGGGGCAGAGACAGCCACCCUCCCAGAAAAAGGGGUCGUAAGCGAUCUGGAACGGAUACAUCAGGCAGUGUUUGGCUUAGUACGUCCAGCUCAAAGCUUAACCAAAUGUACGGAGUCGAAGCUUGGGCCAGCUGGGUGAAAAUGAAAACAGGACAAAGUGAACAGGAUCAGGAGUCCGAAGGCCCCAUGACUGUGAAGCAGGAUGUGUUGCAGUGCACUUCUUCAGAUCUCAGUUACGGUCUGUGUCGUUUCAUCAAGGAGGUCCGCAGGCCGAAUGGCGAUGCAUAUGAACCCGACAGCAUCUACUACCUGUGCCUGGGCAUUCAGCAGUGCCUGCUUGAAAAUGAGCGUCUUGAGAAUAUCUUCACGGAUCCGCUCUAUAGUCAGUUCAUCACUGACAUCACCACACUGCUGAAGGAUUGGGGAAAUACAUUACCACCUGGAGGAUAUAUACACUCACGGGUUGAGGAGGAGUACCUUUGGGAGUGCAAGCAGUUGGGCGCUCUGUCUCCUAUAGUUCUGCUCAACACGCUGCUGUUCUUUGGAGCCAAGCUGCUCAACCUGAAAACGGUUGAAGAGCAUCGACGCCUUGCAUUCUCCAAUGUCUCCCACUGCUCGAAGACCACCAAAAAUGGCGUGUCCUCCUAUCUUCGGUUCAGACUUCCUAGCAAGGAAGAGGAAAAGGAAAAGGAAAAGGACAAGAAAGCACCUACUGCUAAAAGGAGGAAAGAGGAAGAGACGGUGGAAGAGGAGUUUUUGGAGAUGCCUGAGAAUGUGGAGAACCCCUUACGCUGUCCUGUCAGACUCUAUGAGUUCUAUCUCUCAAAAUGCUCAAACUCUGUGAAGCAGCGUCCGGAUCUUUUCUACCUGCAGCCCGAGGCCUCGUGCCACCCCAGCAGCCCUGUGUGGUACUCAGCCCAGGCAUUGGACAGCACUAUGAUGGAGAGCAUGCUCACACGUAUCCUAGCUAUACGGGACAUUCAUCUGGACUCUAAGCAUCAGCAAAAGUACCUGGACUCAUCAGAUGAGGAGAGCUCUUAAUUAGAACAUACAAACUUUGAGACCUUGCUUUGAAAAUGAACUAAAAAAAACUAUCAUGAGACAUUUAAUGACAUCUACGUAUUACUUUUAUUCAGACGGGAAUGGGAUGAAAACAGAAAUGAAAUUGUGCACAAGCUCAACAGACAUUCCUUAAGUCAUCUAUUCUAUCAUGAAUGUUAGACAGUUACAAUGAAAUUUGGAGGGAAUUGUUUGGUUUUUAGUCACAGUAGAUAUUGUUUCUCAGUAUUUAGUAUUAUUUAGUGCUUUUUAAGUUUAAACAUUCAUCAUGUCAUUGUUCGUAACCUUUGAAAAUAUAUAUAAAUUCUCAGA